AUGUCAUACUUUUCAUAUUAUAUUCAUUAUUAUUAUGCUGAGGAUUCGAAUUUCUCCUUGAAGGUUGACCCUGAUGAAGUCAAUGCUCUUGCUCAACUGAUGACCUGGAAGACUGCUGUGGCUGAUAUUCCGUAUGGUGGGGCAAAAGGUGGGAUUGGGUGCACGCCCAAAGAUUUAAGUACGAGCGAGUUGGAACGCCUAACCCGAGUCUUCACGCAGAAGAUUCACGAUCUCAUUGGGGUCAACACUGAUGUGCCAGCACCCGAUAUGGGAACUAAUGCUCAAACAAUGGCUUGGAUUCUUGAUGAGUACUCAAAAUUUCACGGUCACUCACCCGCAGUUGUUACAGGAAAGCCAAUUGACUUGGGAGGAUCUCUGGGGCGAGAAGCUGCAACUGGGCGUGGAGUUGUAUUUGCUACUGAAGCCUUACUCGCCGAACAUGGGAAAUCGAUAAAGGAUCUAACAUUUGCCAUCCAGGGGUUUGGGAAUGUUGGAUCAUGGGCUGCACGGCUGUUACACGAACUAGGUGGAAAAGUUACAGCAGUGAGUGACAUAACUGGAGCAGUCAAAAAUUCUAAUGGAAUUGAUAUACCGGCACUAAUUCGGCACAAAGAGAAAACUGGAAAAUUAUCUGAUUUCAAUGCUGCUGAUGCAAUGGAUUCGAACGAUUUGCUCGCUCAUGAAUGUGAUGUUCUCAUACCUUGUGCCCUGGGCGGAGUUCUCAACAGAGAAAAUGCUGGAGAUGUGAGGGCCAAGUUCAUCAUUGAAGCUGCAAAUCAUCCGACUGAUCCUGAAGCUGAUGAGAUUUUGUCGAAAAAGGGUGUUGUAAUACUUCCCGAUAUAUAUGCAAAUUCAGGAGGAGUGACGGUUAGUUAUUUCGAGUGGGUCCAGAACAUUCAAGGCUUCAUGUGGGACGAGGAUAAAGUGAAUCAAGAGCUAAAAAGAUACAUGAAUAAAGCCUUCCACAAUAUCAAGCACAUGUGUCAAUCACACAAUUGUGAUCUCAGGAUGGGCGCCUUCACGCUAGGCGUUAACCGUGUUGCUCGUGCUUCUCUAUUGAGGGGUUGGGAAGCCUAA